AUGACCACUCUCCAACCCAGACCGCCGUACAGCGACGAUGAGCUCUCGAAGCUCUACCCUUCGAACCUCCAACUACAACAAGUACAGAUUCUCCUCCGCCAUGGCGAGCGGACACCGGUCUCUGCUCGCUUUAAGAAUGCGGGACUGCACGGGACAUGGCCAUACUGUAAAGCUGCAAACGAGAUGAGGUCGGCGAUGUUGGUGGCAGACGGAUGGGACACAUUGGCUUGGAAGAGGAGACUGGAGACGUUCGGGAAUGGUGAUACACCAAAGCUGGCUGCGGGACCUGGAGGAGAGAUCGACUCAGUUUGUCAGCCAGGAGAACUUACGGAUAGAGGACGCGAGACAACACUUGCACUCGGGCAACGGAUACGAAGUCUGUACGUGAACCAAUUAGGGUUCAUGCCAGCAUUUCUCGAUGAAGAUUCACGGUCAUCAGUAAAUCUGCGAGCCACACCGAUUCAAAGAGCAUUAGAAAGUGUGCAGCAAGCGUUCACCGGGCUCUACCCGCCAGCAUCAAGAGCGCCCGGUCUUUCCCCACCCACAAUCGUCCAACGAUCAUGGCAAGACGAGACUCUCUUCCCGAACGAAGGCGGAUGUAAGCGUUUCGCCGAGCUUUCGCACGCCUUUGCCGAUCGUACUGCAAAGCUGUACAACAACUCACCGGAAAUGGCCCUACUCAACAAGAAGCUUGGAAAGUGGAUGCCUCAGGAGUCACCCGUCGUAGCCGUCGACGCCCACCCUCGCCUCAGCGGAAUCAUGGAUUCCAUCAACGCGACUCUCGCUCACGGACCCGCGACGAAAUUACCAUCAGAAUUCUACGACGAUCAAAUCCGAUCAAAGAUUGAUCGGAUUUGUGUAGAAGAAUGGUUCAUCGGAUACCAAGAGAGCGACGAGUACCGCAAGCUCGGAAUCGGCUCCUUGAUCGGUGACGUGACCCAGCGAAUGGUUGAAUACACCGGCGGCGUACCCAAAGAAGGUCAGGACGAACCUCUGAAGAUGAGCCUUUCCGGCUGCCACGAUACAACCAUCGCCUCCGCCUUAGCUGCGUUAGGAGGCUUCCGCAUCGACACCGACAAAUGGCCCAACUUCACAUCCUCCAUCGCCUUUGAACUCUUCAAAGCUAAGCGCGACUCUUCAUCCAGCAGUCCUCCUCCUGCCACCAAGAAAAGCUGGAUCCCGGCCUUCUUCUCCUUUUCCGCUCCUGCUCGACUCUCCACUACUAACGCGCGUACACCUCUCGUCGACAUGCCCGACUCGCACAAAGCAUCACUCGACGACCACUACGUCCGCAUUCGCUACAAUGACAAGCCCGUCACGCUGCCGUUCUGUAAAGCUCCGGGAAGGCAUCUGGAGGGCGAUGAGAGUUUCUGCACGUUAAAGGCGUUUAAGGAGGCAGCGGACAUGGUUACGCCAACGGACUGGAAGAAGGAGUGUAAGAGCAAUCUCGGCAAGACUGCGUUCUCGGAGAAGAUCAGUCCAGCGCCGGGGUGGGAGGCGAAGUGAUGGGUAUGGGGCGUGCAGGAGCGCGUGUUGGUAUUGCGGAAUGAGAGCGAAAAUCGAGGGAGAUGGGAGCGUAUGACCUCGGUGCGUAGACGAACCUAGAAGAUAGAGAUCCUACAUUGACCAAUAGAAACGACCACGACCACUG